AUGGAGCACGGAUGGCACCCAUGGGUAGGCAGGGGGCCACCACCUGCCCCUGAAGUGCCACUGAGUCCUACGAGCAGCAGAACAUAUUCAAGUGACUCGGGCAGCGGGAGUAGUUGGAGUGACCUUGGCGCUGGAAGUCACGUUGGUGCGGGCAGCGUUGGAGGCGGUGUAGGUACCACAGCUACGAGGCAGCAUUGGAUCAAGAAGGUGUUUGACAGGCCACCACCUGCUACAGAACUGACUGCAACCGGAAGAUCCAAAUUCGAGAACGGCGAAGUCGUAGUCGCAUUCUUCCAACACCGCCCCAGCACACACACCAAGAUGCUCUGCGAAUGGCGUGACUCGCGGACAAGGCAAUGGAAAGCGUCUGCUCUUCCUUUGGCGGAUCUCACCAUCCACCGAAGUGGCCCUUAUCUCAAGUUCUCGGAUGAGAGGGAUGGGUAUUGGGCUGCACUGCGAUUUCAGACUAUCGAGCAACUUGUGAUUUUUCAUUCCAUCUUCUUGGCUCUCCGGUCACACGAUAUGGAGACUCCAAUACAUGAUUUUCCGGACUAUAAAUUGAGGAGUGAGGAGAAAGUGCAUGGAUUUGAUGCUGUCAUCCUUGACGAUCACUUUCACCACCUAUUGAAGCUGCUCAAAGAUGAAAGCGGAUGCCUUCGAUUGCAAGCUACUGUCCUCAGUGCGGACAGUAAAUCUGAUAUCCCUAUGAGGACACCAGUCUGGACAGCCUUUAUAACACACACUCACCACUCUCCCUCUUGGCUUGAACGCGUGAGCCCUAAGGUGAUCCAUGUUGCCGACUUAUAUCGCUAUGUAUUCUCGGAGGACUACACACCGCAGACCUCACCAGGAGGAAAAGCAGAACUGGUGUUCGACAAAGUAAAAGAUGCGGAUCGCUUCGAGGACGUAAUUGGCCUUCUUGUUAACCCUCCAAAACCGAAGAAGAAAGACAAGAAGGAAAAGGGGCGCUGGUAA